AAACAGUUUGGCAGUUCAUCCGCGCCGGUGUGUAGCGCUGUGUGCGCAGAUCAGCUGUUCACUAACCUGCGCGAGGAUCCCCGAAGAACCGUAAACAAAGAGAUCCAGUAAAACAGGGUCACGGAACCACAGCUGCCGCUGCUAUAAACAUCAGCUCGAAAGCAGGACACGUUGUUGGUCGAGCAUGCCCAGUAACGCAGCUCAACUCUUGGAGUCAGACGAUACUGAACCGGACCUCCCGGUACUGGUACAGAACCUGAGCGGGUUGAGCCUCCGGGAUGAAGAGAGUCUAUCAGAACCACGUGAUACUUCUCAUCUGGGUGUCCUGGGUGCGGUGUUGGACCUCCAGCCCCUGUCCCAAACUGGAUCAGAGGAGGAAAACAACAACAACAACAACAUUAUCAGACAUGAUGCUGAUCUGGACCAGCUGAGGGUCCUGGCCCUCACAGGCAUGGAGGCAGCAGGGACGGGUGGGCUCUUUCAGGAUGGGCUGGGCGAGUCCCAAGGCUACCACCAGGUUCAGGGGAGGAUGAUGAUGGCGGCAAUGAUGAUGAUGCAGGAGGGUGAGAGGUGUGCACUCAAUACCAGGAGGAAGAGCGUGAACACAACAGAGUGCGUGAUGGUGCCCACAUCUGAGCAUGUGGCGGAAAUAGUUGGCCGACAGGGCUGCAAGAUCAAAGCUCUGAGAGCAAAGACCAACACUUACAUUAAAACACCCGUUAGAGGAGAAGAACCAGUGUUUGUAGUGACCGGGCGGAAGGAGGACGUCAUCAUGGCCAAGCGUGAGAUUCUGUCAGCGGCCGAGCAUUUUUCCCUCAUCCGGGCGUCUCGGAACAAAUUGGCACCAAACGUUGGGCACAGCAGCGUCCCUUGCCAUCCGGGACAGACAACCAUCCAGGUUCGGGUGCCGUAUCGAAUGGUAGGGCUCGUGGUGGGACCGAAAGGAGCAACUAUCAAGAGGAUCCAGCAGCAAACCCACACCUACAUCGUCACACCAAGCCGUGACAAAGAGCCAGUGUUUGAGGUGACUGGCAUGCCUGAGAACGUGGAUCGAGCUCGGGAGGAAAUCGAAGCCCAUAUUGCUAUGCGUACCGCAGGAAACGUGGACACCAGCGUAGACGAUGACGACUUCCACUACAAUGGCACCGACGUUGGCUUCGAGUCGGGCAGCAACCGAGCCUGGCUCUUCUCCGGCUUCAACAACGGCAGCUUCCACAGCAACGCCGCAGGGUACCGCAACGACAGCUCCAGCUCACUUGGAAGCAACUCAAGCGAGUCCUACUACAGCGGGAAAGGAAGCGGAGUGGCGGAUCUCAGUCCCGGCAGCACCGGCGGUACGUUCUGGUUUGGCGAUACCCAGCUGCCCUUGGGGUCCGAAGAUUCGGCCGGAUACGACGGGCUAACGAUGACGGCCCCGUCCACCAAUCCCUUGUGGAGCACCUUUGAUCGGGGAGGCACGAGUUUGCCGACUACGCCGAGGCUCUCUCCAUCCCUUCUCACUCGUCUGUCUCCAUCUCUUCCGGAGGCACUGGAUCAUCCGCUGGUUCGGUUGGUGCAGGAGAAUUCCCAGAGUCUCCCGGCCUUUGGCCCCGCGUUUUCCCCGUCGAGCGACAGCACGGGCUCCAGCUCUCCGCCGGACAUGCGCACCUUCCCCAAACACAGCCAGGUUCCUCCGUGCGUACGUUGCGGAGACAAUGUGGCGGCGCUCGUCCUGGGUGGGCAAAACCUCGUCUGUUUGGAGUGUUCCAACUCCAUCCUGCAAAGCGCGUAGAGAGCGAGAGAUUUGGGAUCACAAGGAGUAAACUGGUUUAUUUUUUACAUUGAUAAAUACUUCUUCCUUCUUUAUUAUGUUUAAAUAACUGGGAAAUGCAGGUUUUCAAUUAAGUUCAUCUCAAAGAAAGAUUUCCCCAUUUACGUUUAGCUGCUACGUCGUACUUACGGCAAGCAGUGCUGGGGUUUAGCAGCGCUAAAUUGCCAUCACCUACGUGUUUUUUGUUGGUUUGUUACUUUGUUUUCAAGGUAUCGACUCUGUGUUUACAUUUUCAUGUGCCUGACUCCAUGACGGUAGCGGUGCACACUGGCGCUGUUGCUGCAAAAGCAUCUGUGGCCUUUAGUUUCUGUUUUGCAACACUAGAGUCAAGCAGCAUGCGAUCAUACAAGAGCCGUCCUGACCUCCACGACCCUGACACCUGCACUUUGAACAUCGCCAUAAACAUUUAAGGGGUUGCACAUCGCCAUUAAAAGCUCAUAAAUCCGUUCCUGCAUAAAUUGUUGCAAUAAAUUGAGUCACGUUACACACACAAAAAGUUCUUAGUCAAAUUUAAACAUUUGUAUUGCAUGAAUAAAACCCAAUUUCAUUCAGUAGCUGUGUUUCCAUCCACAUAUUAUUAUGUGUAUUUUGGGAUAUCGCAUAAUAAAUGCUGUAUUUAAAACGCCAAAAUGCAUAUAGUCUUAAUGCGUAUAAAAUCGUAUACACUCAUUUGAGGCGAAUUUUAUUUUAUUUAUUUAUUUUAAUUAUUAUUAUUGGUAAGAAAACGUGCACAUAAUAAACUAUGAUAGAAACAAAUUUACUAGAUAAAUUCCUGAUUGCGAAACAAAACAAAAAAAUCAUGUGAUUGGAUAACUGAACUAACCAGUGGAUCAAUCUCAUUGCACACCAUCUAAAAUAUAAUUCUGAAAUACCUGAGCUAAAGUCUGAUGUCAAAAUGAUCUGGUAUAAUUGCCUCCCAGAACUGUUUCACACAAUCACAUUCCCAAACAUCAGGCAUCCGAACACAAAAUAACAUGAAAGCAUUUGUCAUUGUGUUUCGUCUGCAUGCUCUGAUGCAAAAGUAAUUCAUUAUGUUGGAAAGGAGUCAUAGGCUUCCCCGGUUGCAGCAAUUUUUUACUAUUUUAUUAAUACUCUGCACCAGUCUGACAGGAAGUGAAGAUUUUGUUCACUCGAACACAGCAAGGAAACUGUUUUAUUCACAAUGUUUUAUGCGAUAUUCCAUUUUUUCGCGCAAGUUCAAUUCGCAACUCUAGAUGAAAACACUAUGGAAGCUCGUUUCCGCCACUAAAUAAAAAAUGUAAUUGCGUCUUUUUAUCUCACAGUUAUGACUUUUUUUCUCGCAAUUGCGAGUUUAUAUCUCACAAUUAUGACUUUUUUUCUCAGAAUUGCGUGAUAUAAACUCGCAAAUUUGAGUUAUAAAGUCAGAACUGCAUGAUAUAAACUCGCAAAUUCGAGUUAUAAAGUCAGAAUUGCACAAUAUAAACUCGUAAUUGCAAGGGAAAAAAGUCAGAAUAUACAUAAAAUAUGUACGCCAUCUCAUGACCAAUUCGUACAUAUUUUAUGAGGUGGCUAAUUCGUACAACCUCACUCGUACGAAUUCAUACGAUUUGUCUAAACCCCAGUGACGGGUAGGUUUAGGGGCGGGGUUAGGGGUAGGUCAUUCGUACAAAUUCAUACGAAUUAGCCACCUCGUAAAAUACGUACAAAUUGCUGUAAGAUCGGGUUGGAUAUACCAGUAAACUCGCAAUUGCAAGAAAAAGUCAGAAUUGCGAGUUUAUAUGUCGCAAUUGAGAGAAAAAAAGUCAGAAUUGUGAGAUAAAAAGUUGCAGUUAUCUUUUAAAUUGUUUAAUUGCUUGGCAGAAACAAGCUUCCAUAAAACACCGGUAGAGUGGCAAUGUACAUAAAAAAAAUAUGGUCGAUUGUUUUACGAAUGAGGCCCUUUUCGUAAGUUGCAUUACGAUAUAUGUCCGUAAAGACUCCUCUCAUUGCCUUAACUGACGGGGUCGUGCCGGGCCAGCACAGGGUGUCGUACCGAGAGGAACGGGGCGCUUAGGACCUGAGAGGAGUGAUUCUGUUGACGAGAACGUGCUGUAUACAAUCCCUUCUCAAAGUGCAGGUUGACACGGCUAAUGACGUCUAUUUCACAAUCACCACUAAACUCAGAGAAGCUAAGGCAUCAGAGAUACAUAACCUCUCAAGAUUCACUUUGACUUUUUUUUUUUUACAAAUUUGUAGUAUUUCUGUAGUUUAUAUUUCAUAUAAUACAUAUAUAUAUAUUAAGAAUAAAUGUAAGACUAUUUGGCAAGCAGUCGGCUGCUGGUUGCCGUAAGUAUUAGCUUGUAGAGUAUUGACGUUAGGUACUAUAGAGCAGGAAAGAGCACACCUGCAUGAUUUAUUAUCUAACGAUUCCUAAAUCGCAACAAAAAGCCAAGGAUCCAAUAUAUAUAUAUACGCUGCAUUAGGUCUGCAUACUACCACAUUAUGAACAAAAUAAAAGUCCUAUGUUAAACAUAACUAGGAAUUUUGUUUAUUUGAGGGAUUUUUACCAUCACACUGCAACAAUGUUUCUGUAUUUGAUAAUUUUACUGUUCUUUUAUUAUGUAUAUACACAUAUGCAGGGACAUGAUGGCAUAUAAGUUGUAUUAAAAUUUAAAAUAUAUUUUAUGAUAUGGCCUUACUGUCCUGUGGCCAAAGCACUGAUAUUAUAUAUUUGCUGUAAAAAAGAAUUAAGAUUUUUAUUUUUCUGAUAUUAAAGUUCCUUAAUAAAUUGAUUCCUUUAAAACUCA